AGCGGACUUUCCGUAGGCAAGAUGGCCGCGCCCUCACUCCGGACUGGGCGCCGCUACCUUGGUUCGGCUCGGAGGGCAGCUGCGGGGCCCCGACUCUUGGUCUCGCAGACGCGGCGGCAGCGUCAUGACCAGCGGCCAGAUGCUCGACCGACGCCGGUGCUACCCGCCGCGAAGGGGCUCUUAGCUACUCAGUACCAGCGAGGUCUGUUCCAGGAGGUGUUCCCGCCUCAGCCCGCCGAGGAGCGGCUGAUUGACCUCCUGCAGGCGGGCCGCCCGCCCGUGACGGCGUACUGCGGCUUCGACCCCACGGCCGACUCGUUGCACGUCGGGCACCUGCUGGCUGUCCUGGGCUUGCUCCACUUCCAGCGCGCCGGCCACGAUGUCAUCGCCCUAGUGGGCGGGGCCACGGCUCAGCUGGGCGAUCCCAGCGGCCGCACCAAGGCGCGCGAGGCGCUGGCGGCGGAGCGGGUGGAGGAGCACGGGCGGGGCCUCCGCGAGGGGCUCCAGCGGCUCUUCCAGAAUCACCGGGAGCUCUUCUGGGCCGCGGACGGCAAGCGCCUGGGCAACGUCCAUUUUCUGGACAAUGCCAGUUGGCUGCAAUGCGAGUCGGUGAUCAGCUUCCUGGGCGAAGUCGGGGGCCACCUCCGCAUGGGCACGUUGCUGAGCCGGCAGAGCUGCAAGGCCCGCCUGAGCAGCCCUGAGGGCAUGGGCCUGGCCGAGUUCCUGUACCCGGCGCUGCAAGCUUAUGACUUCCUGCACUUGCACCGUCACUACGGCUGCCUCAUUCAGCUGGGCGGCGCGGACCAGUUGGGCAAUAUCAUGUCUGGCUAUGACCUUAUCACUAAAGUAACCGGUGAAGAUGUAUAUGGAAUAACUGUGCCUCUUAUUACAAGUACUACUGGAGAUAAGCUAGGAAAAUCUGCCGGAAAUGCAGUUUGGCUGAACAGAAACAGGACUUCUCCUUUUGAACUGUAUCAGUUCUUUGUCAGACAGCCAGAUGCCACUGUAGAAAGGUAUUUGAAGCUUUUUACUUUCCUUUCUGAUUUGGAAAUUGAUCAUAUUGUGCAAAUGCAUGCUAAAGAACCUGAGAAGUGGGGACCUCAGAAGCGCCUUGCUGCUGAAGUAACUAAGCUUGUUCAUGGCAAGAAAGGUCUGGAGUCUGCGAAGAGAUGUACGAGGGCCCUUUAUUACAGUGAUGUGGAUGCAUUAGAAAGUAUGUCUGAUGAAGAGCUACAGGAACUUUUUAGAGAAGCUCCGUACAUAGAACUGCUACUUGAACCUGGAACAACAGUACUUGAUUUGUGUAGGAAAGCUAAUGCAAUUGCAGAUGGACCAAAGGGGUAUCGUGACAUAACCGUUGGUGGAAUUUCCAUAAACCAUAUUACAGAAACUAAUCCUGAAGCUGUUCUUAUUCUUGGACAUCAUAUUCUCAAUAACGGUUUAUCACUACUGAGGAUUGGAAAGAGGAACUAUUAUGUUAUAAAAUGGCUUCAGUUGCCACAUUAAGAGUGACAAUAUUAAGUUUUUCAGUAACUUACGAAAGGUCACUUUUCUUCAAAGGCAUCAGAAAGGCAAGAUAUACAACAACAGUGGAACAGUUGUGCAAACUGGUUUUUCUCACUGAGGCUUGCUCACUCAUUUGGAAAAUGGAUGGCAUUUUAUUUCAUCAUUCAAUCAUGAAAUACAUGUAAGCUUUUCAGUUAUAAUGGAAUUUAAAUGUGUAAAUCUUCAUUGUGGGAAUGUUCUCUGCAAUAAAGACAGUUUAAAUGAA